AUGUCUCGUCCACAAAAGUCCGAUGCUCUCGCUUCAAUUCAGGAACUCAACGCCGGUCUCCAAAAUCUCACGGUAGAAAGCCCCAGGCUCGGUUUUCUUUCCCUGUCCGGUGAACUGCGGAACAAAAUAUAUUCAUACCUUGCUAAUGAACGUAUAAUCCACGACCCUCCCAUCAACUCAGAGAUCACAUCAUUCUCCUCGAUCGCGAACUACCUGCACACGCCCGCACACCAGAUCGUGCUGUAUUACGAGAACAAAGACGACAUUCUAUACGAACCUCCAGAAUGGAACACCAUAAAACGCUACGAUAUGGGCCUCACUCAGACCUGCCAUCAAAUACGAGAAGAAUACGAAGCUACUUAUCGACAGAACCACUCAAUGUCCAUCUCGCUCGACGCCCUUGUAACCAGCACCGCCUUCCUUGAUCCCGACCAGCCUCCUAUCCUUCCUUUACGCAGCGUACGCAUCACGGUCCGAGAGUCCUCGUGGUCAACACCCAACAUCGACAUUCUCCCUUUUCUGAAGGCAUAUAAGAACUUCCCGUCCUUGAAGCUGCACUUCGAACUCCCCGAACACGCACGGACUGCUUUUGGCGAUGUGUUCAGCAUGAGGGAGAAUAAUAAGUGGUGGGUCGGUGUCGAGGAAAAUACCGGUAUCAAGAGGAUGUUUACACCCGUCGAGACCUCCAUCGGCGCCUUCCUGCUACAUCAAGCGACUAGCAACCUCCUCUAUCAGAAUGGCGAUAUCCUGGGACUCAGCGGCUAUCUGCGUCGACUCUUCUCCGCGCCUACGAAGGAACUGCUCGCGUUCUUCACGGGCAUGGCUACCAGCUAUAUUCCGUUGAAGGCAUUAGCACCGCAGUUGAUCACGGAGUAUCCUGCUGUACAGACCAGUCCACAGAGUGCUCUGUUUACGCUAGCGAUUGGUGCUCUGAUAGGAUGGGGGACGAAGACAACCGCAUCUCUUCUCAUGCUUGCCGUAUUCAGCACCCUCGCCGCCCGAACCAUACCCAAACUCGUAGCCCAGGUCACAGUCGCGCCCGCAACCAAGGACGCCAAACAUCAGCCCGCAGAUACACAUACUGCUGCACGCCUUACGACGCAGUCCUUCUCAGGUCUUCUUUUCGCCCUCGGUCUUCACAUUUCGCAGAUGUCACACCCCGAAAAGGUGGCCGCUUUCUUCUCUUUCCCAGAUCUGCAACACUGGGACCCGUCACUCGCUCUGGUCAUACUCUUCGGCGUCCUACCCAACUUGAUCGAGAACCAGAUGAAAAGCUUCGCCAACCCGCCAUCCUUCGCCGACAAGUUCUCGCUACCUACGAAGACGUCGCAAGAUGUGGAUAGAAGAUUCGUCGUCGGAGCUGCAGCUUUUGGUGUUGGCUGGGGCUUGACGGGAAUUUGUCCUGGUCCGGCGGUGCUUCGAGCUUUCUUUCAGCCGGUUUGGGGAGCGUUCUGCUCGAACGAUGUUCGUCUAUCCACUAAUGUCACGAUUCUCGAGGCGCCAUACAAGAAUGUCGCUGCCGCUGGGCCUCCGCCCGGACUGCCAGAUCGGCCUCCUCCGAAUCCACAAAAUGAACCUGCAACUGAUGAGGUCUGGGAUAGGUGCAGGAGAAAGGGAUGCACGCUCUCGUGGGCGAUGAGCCACGACGACAGCGAAGUCGGACCCCAGUACGACCCAGGACGUACCACGGCAGCAUCACCGUACCAGACCAUUGGUGACCUCCAUAGAUGGAACUGGAUGUUUCAUGAUCUCAGCCACGUAGACGAUUAUUAUUUCGACUUUUAUAGGACAUGGGGUAUCGGUGACGCUCUCGCGAGUCUCGGAAUCAACCCAGAUGCAAGCAGAUACCAGGGAGGCCAAAACCACAUCGUCAACUAUCAACACUUCACGCCUAUAUACAUUACGGCUCUCCAGGAUCAAAGAUAUGACGUUGAUGGCAGGCAAUACCGAUCCACAGGUGCUGAAUUUACCUUCUCACUCAACAUCAAGGACGGCGUCAUUAUGGGCAUGGACCGUACAAGUCCCAGGGAAGCAGGCAAGACCAAAGUAUCGCCGCCAAUUACCGGUGACGGACUGCCGAAGCUCAACCAAUUCUCGGACGUGGCGUGGCUGGAUUGGCAAUUCAUGAUAGAGGGGUACAAGGGGAAUGUCAAAAACAUAAAUUACUUCAUAUCUGUGUUGAUCGUCAACCCAGAGACUAGAGCAGUGGCGAUGAGAGCACUGCGCACUCGAGGUAAAAUUGAGCCAGAAGAUUUUCCAGGGCAGACGUUCGAACGGGGGACAGACGAAAUGAACGCACUCAUGGGCACGCCGAACAUGCAAGGUUUCGCAUAUAUGCUGGUUCAGCACAAAGCGCAGCUGGGCAACAUGUACAUCAAGAAGAUCCAAGUCUUCAAGUGCGUGACGAUGCGCGAGCCUCCCUGCAUCGUCGCGUAUGUAUCCAAGCCAGACGCCGGCCCAGUGACCAACCCAGGCGAAGGCGAAGGCGAAGUCGUCAGACGGGAUGGAGAUCGUAACGCGGCGCGUAUGCAUAAGAUCUUCGCGAAGCUGUGA